AUGGGAUGUAACUGCAGUUCGGACUAUUCAGACAGCGACUGGAUCGAGAACUUGGAUGAGAUCUGUGAACACUGCAACUGUCCCAUACCCCCCCAGUCAUGUAAUCCAUACACAGAGCAGCUGAUUCCAUACCCAUCACAGCAUUCACCUCCUACAUCUCCGUUACCAGACAACCUUGUGGUGGCCAUAUACAGUUAUGAACCCAAUCAUGAUGGUGACCUGGGCUUUGAGAAGGGAGACAAACUCAAGAUCAUCAACAAGGAGGAUCCAGAGUGGUAUUUGGCAGAGUCUCUCACCACGGGCCAGCAAGGCUACAUCCCACACAACUUUGUCGCUAUGACCACAAUGGAGACUGAACCGUGGUUCUUUAAGAACAUUUCUAGAAACGAAGCCAUGAGGCUCCUCCUCGCUCCUGGGAAUACGGUGGGCUCCUUCCUGAUUCGAGAGAGUGAGACAACCCCAGGGUCAUUCUCCUUAUCAGUCAGGGACUUGGACCACAACACUGGCGAAGGAGUCAAGCACUACAGAAUCCGCAACAUGGACAAUGGCGGCUUCUACAUCACAGCCAAGAUAUCCUUUAACUCGCUGAAGGAGCUUGUCCAGCAUCACUCACGCGAAUCAGAUGGGUUAUGCACAAAGCUGAUAAAGUCUUGCCAGUCGAGGGCACCGCAGAAGCCCUGGUGGCAGGAUGAGUGGGAGAUUCCCCGUGAGUCCCUGAAGCUGGAGCGCAGGCUUGGAGCAGGACAGUUUGGAGAAGUCUGGAUGGGUGUCUACAAUAAUGAUAGGACGGUGGCAAUUAAGAACCUGAAGAUGGGCACAAUGUCGGUGGAAGCCUUCCUGGCAGAGGCCAACAUGAUGAAGAACUUGCAGCAUGCCCGCCUCGUCCGCCUCUUUGCUGUCGUUACCCAGGAGCCAAUCUAUAUUGUCACAGAGUACAUGGAAAAUGGUAGCCUAGUGGAUUACCUUAAAACACCAGAGGGAAGCAGUUUGCCCAUGAACACUCUGAUAGACAUGGCGUCUCAGGUGGCUGAUGGCAUGUCCUUUAUUGAGGAGAAAAAUUACAUUCAUCGAGACCUGAGAGCAGCCAACAUUCUGGUGUCUCAAGAACUCAUCUGUAAGAUUGCCGACUUUGGAUUGGCAAGGCUGAUUGAGGACAACGAAUACACAGCAAGAGAGGGUGCAAAGUUCCCCAUCAAAUGGACUGCCCCAGAGGCUAUUAACUAUGGCACCUUUUCCAUAAAAUCGGAUGUGUGGUCAUUUGGGAUCCUCCUGACAGAAAUAGUGACAUAUGGACGCAUACCUUACCCUGGUAUGUCCAACCCAGAGGUAAUCCAGAGCCUGGAGCGGGGCUACAGAAUGCCAAAGCCAGACAACUGUCCAGACGGGCUUUAUAACGUCAUGUGUCUGUGCUGGACAGAAAGUCCAGAGGACAGGCCCACCUUCGAGUACCUGAGGAGCGUUCUGGAGGAUUUCUUCACUGCUACAGAGAGACAGUACCAGGAAUAGCCGUGAUGGAGCAAAAAGACAAACAGACAUGCAAUAAAUAUACUCAAACUAAAGGCAUAGCCCGUGAGGGUGGAUGCUGGAUUUUAUUUUUUAUUUUUUGUUGAAGAGUACGUGCCUAUAUUUCGAUAGGGUACAAACUGAGAUUUUCCGAAUAAAAGUACUUUGUUUCUGCAUAAAUCUUAUUCUGAAAUGACCUUUUAGAUAUGAUACAGUCACAUGUGGAACUUUUCUCAACAGCAGGAAUCACUGCAAAGCCAAUAGCAGAGAGGAGAGUGAUCACCAUGCUGCUUGAAUAAACUGGGAAGUGUCUGAUGCAGCUGACUAGCUGCUUUCCUGGUGCUCAUUGUUAAGAUGUAAAUACUGUCACACUGCUUCAGCUGUUUAACCUCUGCAGUUUAAUAAAUGUUUUCAAUCUGUUUAACUUACAGUAAAAAAAAGCUUUACAUUAAUGUCGUUCACUGUUACAUUGAAUAAAGCAGAA